CGACCCGCCCCACCAGCCUGCCAGUGCUACGCAUAAUGCGAAUGCAGUUUGCAUGUAUGGGGAAAUUAUGUGCUUGCAAAGUCCGGUUUGGUCUCCUCUCCGUCCAACUACAUGAUGCUGUUGUCGCCUAGCGCCUAUUCCAUGGAGAGCUCAUUUUGGAGUGAAAUUAAUUCAGUCCAGACCAGAACAAGACUUUCUUCUUCUGGACAUUUCGCAGUGAUAACAAAGCGCUGGCACAGUGGCAGUCCAUACUCGUAACGCUACCUGUCAAGUACAGACGAUUCUUCUCUCCCCUAAUCAACGUCAGGUGCACGGCGCGCUGCAGGCCAGUAGGAGUUCGGAGCCAACACCAUAUUCGUGAAGCGGCAGCUUCAACUCCUCUAAAUCUUCUCUUCUAUUCGCUUUUCCUUCGUUCUCGGAUUGGACAGCUGGGAGACCCCAAGCGACCCGCGAAGACUAGUAAGAGAAGCGCAGGGGCGGGCACAGGAGUGUACUAUAACGUUAGUCGAUGUGUUAUCCGCCGAGCUAGCUAGGGCAACGAGUCGAUUCUCCUUAUCAUGUCCCAGGCCACGGCGAGAAGUGUAGCAGCCGGUGUGGCCGUUUCCAGAGGCAGAGGAGGAAGCUCAUUCGCUGACGACGUCGAGUAUGCUAACGCCGACACGGUUAUCAGCGCCAGUGCUCCGGCCACCACCAGCCUGAAGCAGGGCGGCAGUCGGGACAACAACAGUAGCGACGAUCGGCAACGAUACGAAGAGAGUCAUGCUGACAAGUUGCACCCAUCGAGCGAAGUGGAACGCGCUGCAGCGGCAGUGGAUCAGCCUCGUCCAAUGAAUGGUAUAAUAGAGGAAGGAGAAGGGGGAGGAGGAGGAGGAGGAGGAGAACGUGAUGCUGCCACCGCUUACCAAGUCAUCCCCCGCCAUUCGUCCAAGAAGACUGUCAUGAAGAAGCGUCAACUCUCUGAAUGGGAACUCUUACUGGCCAGUACAUACAUCACCGAUGCACAGGCCAGUCGGCCAACUCGCCUCGAGCGAAACCCAACUCCAGAGCAAGUCAGAUCUUACCGAAUGUACCACUCGCUAUGGCUGCGGCUCAUCCUGUAUGCUUUUGUUACACUCAACCUGCUGCUGGCCUUGUUUGAAAAGCCGGCGGUACCAAACGCAAGUGUACCUUACUGGGGGACAAUGAUCAUGGAGAUUAUUUGCUUGGCAUUCUACGUCUUCCGGCUACUGCACUAUAAGAGGUUCUGCCCGGCACAGUACUUCUGGGAUAAGAAAACAAUCCUCGUCACUGUUUGUAUGGGGCUAACACUGAUUGACAUGAUCAUCUUCGUCAUCCUGGUGAACUCUGGUGUGGAUGCGGUCAGAGCAACGCGCUUGCUGCGGCCCGUCUUUCUUGUCAACUUCAGCGACAGCAGGCAGAUCCGCAAGGCAUUCAGGAACAUCCGACGUACUAUACCGGGUAUCGUCAACGUGCUUGUGCUCCUCUUCCUCUCCAUUGCCUUGUUUGCACUGAUGGCGCUGAAGCUCUUCAGUGGCAAUGGAAAAGACCAGAACGGAGCCUUCAUCACGCGCAAAGGUCGGUCGUAUUUUGACAGUUUCUUCGAAAUCUACUGGCGUCUGUAUGUACUCAUCACAACGGCUAAUAGUCCCGAUGUCAUGAUGCCAGCGUACAACUUCAGUCGCUGGUACGCCCUCUUCUUCAUCCUGUUCUUGCUGAUCUGCAUGUACAUCUUUGUGAGCAUCGUUCUCGCCGUGGUCUAUCAGAACUACCGCAAGCAUCUCAAGAAUGAGGUGCGCAAGACGGCUCGCACUCGCCGCCAGAGCUUGAUGGAGGCCUGGCGGAUUGUCAAGGUCACCAAGGACACUGGCAAGGGGUCGAUCCUGCCGCUGGAGCAUUUCCGACAAAUCAUCAUGUUCCACGAGCAAAAGAGGAGUCUUGCCCAAAUUCUGCUGCUCUUUCAAGUCCUGGACGAGAAGUCCAGCGGCUUCAUAGAUAAGGAAGAGUUCAUGCAGCUUCCUGAGCUACUCAAUGUGGGAGUAGUAGAAGAGAAGGACAGCCAGCUGAUGAUAGCCAAGCAUUUGCCUCGCCUGUGGCAUUCCUUUCCCAGUGUAGUUAUCCGAGCUGUUGUGAAGCACAAGGCAUUUCGCUAUUUCUUUGACUUUGUCAUCGUCGCCAAUGCCAUCAUCAUAGCCACAGAGCUGGAUGAGAGCGAAUCUAGCGGUGACCCCAUUGAAACGGCAUUCCUCGUGCUGUUCAACAUUGAAAUCUGGCUCAAGCUCUACACGUUGGGAUUCUGGGAGUUUGUACGCAUCAAGUGGAACGUAUUUGAUUUCUUCAUCAUUGAAGUCGCCACCUUGUUUGCUAUCGCCACCAAGGAAGAUCUAGCGGGAACUAUAGCCAUCGACAUUCUGAUGGUGCUCCGAGUGCUGCGGUUAGUGAAGAUCAUCGGUGAUAUUGAGAGGUUUCGAGCAAUCAUCGGUACUAUUUGGCAAAUUGGUCCUUCAUUCUCCAUGUAUGGUGGAAUACUGUUUGUGAUCUACUACGUGUUUGCCAUUAUCGGCAUGGAGGCAUUCCAGGGCAAGAUCAUGUACAUAGCACCGCCGGGCAACACCACGCAGCAGCUAUCCCUCAUCAUUGGCAACUACACAGACGAGCAAGCCUGGCUUGUGUGCAACAACAGCGACCUGAACAACACCGAGUUUGCCGACCUGCGCUACUGUGCCAACAAUUUCAACGACCUGGCGGCGGCGUUUGUCACGCUCUUUGAGAUGAUGGUGGUCAACCAGUGGCAUGUGAUCACUCAGGGAUUCGUGGCCGUCACGUCGCGCGCGGCACGCCUCUACUUCAUCACCUUCCAUGUGUGCUGCGUGAUGGUUGUAUUGAACAUCUUUGUCGCCUUUAUCCUCGAAGCAUUCCUCAUGCAGAAGUCCAAGACGAAGUACGAGUCCAAGAUUGCGCUCAAGAUCAAGGAGCUUGGAGUCGGAAUAGGAAUGAAGCCAGCGCCCGUACAGCUUUCUGGUAAGCUGCAAGAAGCCAGCCAUGGCAUGAAGAUACGGCACCAAGACGACGUGCCAGCUGAAAUGGUGAUCGUAAACGCCGAGAGUGUCGGCGGCGGCACCAUGACAAAGGGCAACACGUUGGCAAGCACCCCCACGUCCACCACUCAGCUACAUCCAAACGACACGCCACCGGCGGUAACAGCGAUAGAGAUGACGGCGCGCACAGACGGUGGCGACAAGGAGGAGAUCACGACAGUCACGGACCUUGCUGUCGCGGCGGGCAUGCAUUUCCGCCUCAAGGAGAAGAUCAGCAACAUCGACAUGCUGCUUUACCGAAUGUUCGAGGAAGAGAUACGCUCCGAAACAACAGACGACGCUGACAUUUACAGGAUGCUGGACUCGGACGAGGAGGAUAGCGAGAAUGAAGAAGAGGAAGAGGCUCUGGCGUUGAGUUACUAUCACAGCCAGAUCACCAGUACGUAUCGCCGAUCGCAGAUUGGCCUCGACUCUGUCAGCGGUGCAGCUAAUGGUGAUCCAGUGGUGCACACAGACUAUCAGAUAUGAGCUGCUGCUGCUGCUGCUGCUCAUAGAAUAGUCUUUACAACUGCUAGUUCUGCAACGGCCACCAAUGCUAAGCUGCUGCCAGCCAAAUACCUCCUCUCAAUACGAUCGUCUAGAGACCGCAUGGUCGCCAUCAGCAGAUUGUUAAUAACCAGGUACAAUGCUCCACCGUGUACUACUGUAUAUUAUAUAUACUGUCUUUUUUAAUGGUUGAUCUUAAAAUAACGUUACCUCUACUGAAAACAGAGCCACUGAACUGA